GAUGGUCUUAAAAUGGCUGCUUCCCCUGAUGUACUACGGGGCGUUAUCGUUUGUUUACAACAUUGAGGAGAUAGAACAUUUGAAGUAUGGUAUCGAGAUAAACGCUCACCCAGUUCUCAGAUCCCAGUUACCCGAGUUGGAACAUAUAAUAAUGAAGUCGAAGUACGACCAGGAAUAUUCUUGUAUCAUACCCAACGUCGCUACUAAAGAGAAUAAAGAUACUGAUCUUGAGAAUGUCUUCAAAUCAUUCGCUUCCAGAUUCAUGUCUAAUCAAUGUAUUCAUAGGACCAAAGGAUGGUGGACAUACAGAGUUUGUUACGGCAACAUAAUCCAACAGUACCAUCAACCAGAUAGGAGAAUGCAGGGGGUCCUACCCGAGGAAGUGUCGAUAUUAGGUCGCUAUGAUAGAGACAUGAACUGGACACAAGAACUAAGUAACCCUAGUAUCAAGUACUACGAACAAAUGCCGGUCGCUCACAAACAAUAUUUCCUAAACGGUGAUUUCUGCGGAGAUAGCGGGAUGAAUCGCCAAGCUACAGUUUCGUACGUAUGUGAUCCGGACGCGAAUUCGGACUUUAUUGCGCUGAUAGAUGAACGAACUGUCUGUGUUUACAAAAUAGUAAUACAUACAGCCCGGAUGUGCAAACACGACUUCUUCAUGCCAGGACACACCGCUGUCAAACACAGAAUAUCUUGUAGCCCUAUCGUCAGCUCAGUGAAAACUCCUGAAAAGCAAGAGCGGCGACCAAAAAUAGCAAAACCUUUACUGGCACCUUCGUGGGUGGGUAAUAAUCCCACAUCUGACAAUUACUCACUUAAAAACUACCUGGAGGAUGUAGCUGACGAGGAGAAACAGGCACCGCUCAGAGCCCUCAAGAAAAUGUUUAAAUCAGCUGUGAACGAAAUGAAAAGCGAUAUUAACAAACUUAAAAAGCUAAAUGACAGAGGAAACAUCAAGAACCCUGAGUUAGCCGAUAUCAACCUGGAUAAUAUAUCAGACGAUGAUCUGAGCAAUAUUUUUCAAUCUGAAGAGUUGGAGAGCACGAUAAACAGGCUAGCCAAGUCCACUCAACAGCAAGUCGAAGCUUGGAAACACAAGGCUCAACAGCUGCAGCAAAAACCUGCCAUAGAAAUUAAAGUUAUUUACCGUGAUGCAGACGGUAACGUGAAGAUAAGUGACGCUGACAGAAACACACCUGAAAUACAUGAAACUGUUCUUCGGCUCAUGGACGCAGGUACAGAGGAAAGAGUUGAGACGAGGAGACUUCAGACUCUUCAGAACGCGUAUCAUUUUGUGGACCCUAGCAUGGAACACGGGGAAAGUGACCCUGACGGUAAUGAACCCGCUUCAGAUGCUGGGGAGGCUGUCUCGGAGGAAGACACGCUUCCUUGAUUGGAGGAAGUCUCCGGAAAACGUUUUCAGAUUAUUCGGUUUUAUCAGGAAUCAGGAUUGUGAUGCACUAUUUUCGUUUGUGUCUUAUCUUGUAGAUAAGUGUUUUGGUUGUAAACAGAAGAUUUUGGUAGGUUAUUAAUGUAGCUGUGUGAUUUGUCUUUGGAUUUUUUUGAGGUCAAUUUAAAUUAAAAAUUAGGUAAAAUGAUUUCUCUAUUAAUAAUUUUGUCAUUAUCAUUUAUCAAUCAUAUUUUCUGUUAAUACUGGCUGGAAUCUUACAUUUGGGAUAAAUUCAAAAUGAUUGAUGUUUCUGAUUUAACUUAAACAAUGUUUGUACAAUUUUAAAUUAAAUGAGUAGAAAUGUAAUACUCUUGAGUUAUGACUAUGUAUAAACAGUACUGAGUACAUCUGAUAGAUAAUUAGAAUUUCCCUGUACUUACGGUCGGUGAGAAAUUUUUUAUUCUCUUAAAUUAAGUUUAAAUUGUAACAAUUUGUAAUUUGAUAUUUAUUUUUGCGUUAAUUAUUCUGAUUUAGAUAACAGAAAUUGACAUGUGUGUUGAUGACGACAAACUUAACAUAUUUUUCCAGUCUUGAUAUUUGCAUGAGUUAUAAAUAAUUCUGAGAGUUAAAGAAGUUAAACGUUAAGAAAUAUUAUGUAAAUACCCUAAAAGUAGACUCCGAAAUAUUUUAAACAAUCCCACCGUAUCUUCACUCAGUUUCACCUCCAACAUAAAACCUGUCAGAACUGACAAAAAUCAGCUGUUUUUCACCCUCUCGGGAACAUUCCGAAUACUCUGAAUAUUUCGUUAAAGACCUGCUGACAAGAGGCUCUUUGACAAUUUGUAAAUUU